CAGACAGAUUGUGGUUCAUCGCAAGGCAUGAUGGAAAGUAUACACAUCAGAUCGCCUGGAUCUGCAACGAACCGGAGACUGACAUCAUUGAAGUUUUCACACAAAUCCGACGUGCCGCUGUCAUCGAUAGCUAUUGUUAUUGGCGCCACCACCCCGCCGAGGGGUCAUCUACUGCUCGUCGGCUAACAAUCAUGAGACACCUGAGCACAAUACAGUAAACACGAACCCACCAGCCCACUACGCCCAACGCGCGCCAGGGAGACGACCAGACCAAAGGACAUGCGAUCAUGAGCGAAGCUAAGAAGAAGUUGUUGAGCCUAUUUAGGAGUCGUAGCACCUCGGAGGGAACUUCCCAGGACUCCAAAAGUGUACCUAUACCUAUGUCCUCACCCUCAGCUUCACAUGCGCUAACUUACACCCGGUAGCGCGAUAGAGAUAGAGACCACAAGAACUCACGACCAUCGACCAGUGGUACCAGUCGCUCGAAACGAUCGAAAAAACGACGCUCCACGCGAUCGCAUAGCGAGACACCGAAAUCCACGAAAGAUGAUCGCCGCAAGUCCAUCUCCAGCUACGAUUCUGGGUCGCCACAGCCCCUCGCCUUGACAGUAUGGCCGCCCGACGGUCUCGCGCCGAAUGGAAAUAUGUCUCAGGGAAAGGCGAUGGAGCUGAUUGCAAAUGGCGUGCCGGUGUUCAAAGGGAUUCGACGACCAAUUCCUCAUGCUUCGGACGAAUACUACAGCUUGUAUGCAACAUGCGAAGGGAAUGGAAGGGCGGGCAACGAUCGCGCGACACCCUUCCAUGCGGCAUAUACAGCCUGGUCUUUUCGGCUUCAAGGUCCAGACCCGCCAUUACAUCCUUGGGAAACGCUGGAGCAACCUAGUCUUUCAUUCUGCUUUGGCACCAGGCCAGGAACAAGAACGUUAAAUCAUUGGGUUGGACUGUCUGGAAAUCCAAGUCCACCUAUAGAGCUCAGGGAACCAAACAUGAGGCCACGGGAGGCAGAAUUGAAGACAAUUUUGGAGCGCUUGAUAUAUUUGGAGGGAGGUUUCGAGGAGGACUACGAGGAUCUGAUGUACUCGAAUCUCUACAAAAAGUUUCUGAAAGAUCCGGACAAAUUCCUGAAUCCACACAAAGCUAUGGAAAAGCAAAUCGCGGAUCUGAUUACGGUUCUCUCACGACGUGACUGGAUUGACUUUAGCAAACCGGAAAAUCAAGUUGUAGCCAAAUUCUUUGCUAGUGCUGCCUACACAGAUCAUGGGAGGUACAAGAUAUUCUUUUACCAGCUUCUGCUUAGCAUAGAACUGGACCUUCGCAUACAUUCAAAAAAUCACACAGAGGCGGCAAAGGAACAGCUACUCAAUCAAUUGCCACCAUGUAUUGCUUGGAGCUUGGCCCUGGCAAGAAAAUGGAGAGAGUGUAUGAGUAUUGAGAAGUUUGAGACAGGGAGUGAUCCAGAACAGAGUAGGUUUACCAGUUGAAAAUCCUUUCCCCCGUUCUAACAUUACAAACCAGUCAAAUUUCGACUGAAAGCCAAGAAACCUCAGGUCAAGACUCUACGUAAGUUUGCUAGAGCUAUGAAAUGGCCGAAUCUCGCACGAGUCGACGAAGUGCUUAAAGAAAGAAAUCCUGAUGCAAUCCGCUUGGAGGAUCGAAGUUCAGAUACAAUGACCUAUUUCACAGGGAUGAUACUACCAGGAGUUACAAUGCCCUGGCUAAUCAUGAACUCCCUGAUCGAUUGUGACGAUGAUGUCUCAGCAAAUUCGUUAGCAGCUCUAACCCAUAUGCAUCCAAAUAGCGGCUUUCAGUAUAAGGGAACAACAUAUUGGUCCAGUACUACAAUUGUGGGGAAAGUUAUAGCACCAACAUGUCAAGAAAUUGCUGGAUGGGUAGGGCCAGUUCGACCAGCACCCGACAUGCCACGCAUGGGCAUCGCUCGAAUUCGUCAACGGCGACCUAAGCAAUUUCUUAACAUCAGUGAUAUAAAAACCAUGAUGGAUCGUUCUGAUCCUCUUGGUCCACCUUCAGAUACAUAUCCUGUCGCUGAGUAUCAACUUUUACUCCCUGAUGCAGAUGAUGUCUCAGAUAAUGUUCGUAUUGAGACAUUAUCUCUGAAAAAGAUUUCAUCGAAUCCACUCAACGCUGAAGCAGAAGGAAGACCACUCAUCUAUGACGCUUGCGUCCAGUUUGCAAUUGAAGGUCGUUCUUGGCCGCUCCGUCUUUCAUACGAUGUUAACUUCAUUUCUGCGUGUCCUUGCGCACGUGGUCCUCAUCCGUUGUUUUUCGACUAUGUCUAUAAAGCCGUCAAGGUGUCUGAAAUUCUCACCAUCAAAGAUUGGGGCAAGUUGAAUAAUCGAGCAGGUAGCGUAGGACCUAACGGUUCCGGGUCCGGGGUAGGGUCUUCUGCACAGGAUGAGGAUGAUUCCGAGACGGUGUUGGUAAUAGAAGCCUUUGGAGUAUCGGACAACGAAGUUCUGGCAAGAGCUUGGUGUAGUCAUUGGGGUCUCAGUGCUAUUGUUGCAGAUAUGGAGAAGACAUGGUAUGUUUUUCCUUCUUUCAUUCUUACAUUUUACAGUACAUACUAAGUUCAAUCAUCUAGCAUGGCAUGCGCUGUCCGGGAAGCAUAUGCAGCUUGCGUCAACGUUUCUAUUCUCGUCGAAGGCACAACUAAUGAUAAUGAUGAAUCAUGAAAUUUGCGAUGAUGGGUUUUCUGGGUCGUAGGGGUUAAUAUACAUACGUAGGAUGAUG